AUGAAGGUGCUCCUUAUUCUGGGGUUUCUCUUCCUUUCAGUCACCGUCCAGGGAAAGGUCUUUAAAAGGUGUGAGCUGGCCAAAAGGUUGAAAGAACUUAGAAUGGAUGGCUACGAGGGAAUUAGCUUGGCAAACUGGAUGUGCUUGAUCAAAUGGGAGAGUAGUUAUAACACCCAAGUUAAAAAACACAUUCGAGGCAAAAGCUCAAACUAUGGAAUUUUUCAGAUCAAUAGCCACUACUGGUGCAAUGAUGGCAAAACCCCAAGAUCACGUAAUGCCUGCCGUGUAUCCUGCAACGCUCUGCUAAAAGAUGAUAUCACUCAAGCUGUAGCAUGUGCGAAGGAGGUUGUGAGUCGUCCACAGGGCAUUAAAGGAUGGGUGGCAUGGAGAAACCGUUGUGAGAACCGGGAUCUCACUCAAUAUGUACAAGGCUGUGGAGUUUAA